CAGAAAUCAAGCUGGGACCGAGCGGACGAUCAUCCAUCAUCGGUCAACGUAACAACAGCCAUACAUAUCAUUGCUGAUUCACAUCAGGGACUUCUCUGAUUCCGGUCAUGUCGUGCAGGCGGAGCGAUCGCGCCCGAUUCAUUGGCUGCCACGUUGGCGCCGUAGCCAUUCGAGGAUGUUCUCAUGGUUGUUGCCCGUACGCCACCACACCCAAGGGAAUCGAAGAGAACGAGCGCUAUAGUUAUCCGUCCGGCGGUAGCAGCCCUACUGCCGCCAUCUCAUCCGCUCCGAGUCGGCCAUCAUAUACGUGCCGCAACAGGUACAGACCGAAAUACGUCUGCCUAGGCUGCAGACGGACGUGGAAGCCGGCCAUCGUUGAGGGUAACGAAUACCAGAUCGACGAAUGGUGCGACUCUUGGCUCGUGCGCAAAGAAGGCACAGCGCAGCGCAUCUCGGACGAAGUCUACGCUCGACGCGACGCCAUUUCCAGAGACGCCGCCGAUGGUUACGCCCGCGAUCGCGCGUGCUGGGAGCGGCUCCAUUCAUACCGGGCGGACUCUGCUAGCUUCACGGAGAAACAAAUCGCCAUCGCGAGAGAACACGACCCGGAGAUGUGGUGGACUUCUCUGAACGUGUUGCGUUGUUCUACAUGUGGGACGAAUGGGACGCGCGUGGGCCCGGCGUUUCGAGCUCCCAAGCAGAAGGACACCAAGGGCUGGGACCGCGCGAGGGCGCUGUUGGGCCAAGGAGAGGCGUUCUCAUUCUGUAUGACGCCCGACGAGGAAGCGGAGUUGACGAAGGAGGCCGCGAGGGUUCAGUCGCGGCUGAAAGAUGAGAGUUGGUUGGCAGAAAAGGAGCGGCGCUUGGUCGCACUGGGACUCAUAGGUAUCCUAUCCUGAACGAAGUUGUAUUUAUUGAGGAUAUAAGAAACAAUGAGGGG